AUGGAGCUAGCUUUGAGGGGGAGCCAGGAUUCCAGACCUGACCUCAAGCUGCCCACCUUGCCUGAUCAAGGAAGUCCUUCAACUUCCAGGAGGUCCCCGGUCUCCCUGUGUGACUUCUUAGUUACCAGAUGCCCUAGUAACCUUUGUAGCAUGGUACCAGGUCUCCAACAAAAGACAGUGUUAGUAAGCGUAGAGAGGCAGGCAGGGAUGGAAGGGGUCAGCUGUGAGCCUGGAGAGGUCCAAGAUGAAGGUAUGGGCUUUCCUGGGGACAGAGGAAGAAAUUCUACACACAGUCAAGAGAAGAGCCAGCCCCUCUCAUCAGGCCUGGCUCCUGAGAGGGCAAGAAAGAGAAGCAGGAAGUGUGGGGCCUCUUCCCAGGGUGAGGAGGAGGCUGGUAGCCUCUUAUGGCUUGAUGGGAGCCCUGGUGGGGACGGUCCAUCUGUCGGAGGGCCCCCACAAACUGCUCACCUGGAGUCCUUGCGUGGCUCUCACAGUUCUUUCUCUAGCAACGACAUUGGAGACCCAGCAGAGUGUGAAUACUCACCAAAUGCAGGGGACCAGGCCCAACUAGGCAGCACCCGUGGCUCUGAUGGGUCCCCAGGGCCAUGUGGAGGAGAGUUGUGCAGUCUAGCCACACAGGGUUCUCCUCAGAGUCCUGCCUUGGGCCUGGCAGGACCAGGACCCGCUUCUACAGAGCAGCUGGAAGUACAGCUCAUGGUGGGCAAGGAAGACCAGGAGGGGUCAGAGGCCCAGGCCAGGCCAGUGUGCAGGGAGACUACUGCUACUGCUGCCAGCCUGUCUGAGCCCUGGAGUGGCCUCAGCUCCUCCCUGGAGGCUGCCACCAGCAAGGCCUGCACAGGCCUAGUCAUCAGGCAGAGAAGAUCAAAGUGCACUGAGAAGCUAAGAAUGAAUACAGAAUCCUGCACCCAAGAUCGAGUCACAGUCCACAUCAGCCAGGAUAGCUCAGAGGAAGCUAGCCCAGGAGGCUGUCCCACAUGGAAAUGCCAGUCCAGGGUCUGUGCCACGCCUUGCAAGAAGAGUGUCUUCCUGUGGCCUCCCUGGCAGGGAGAAUGCUGGGUGUCUUGCUGGGUGCCCUUCCUUCUAAUCUCUGUCCCCUCUCUUUUCAAGGAGGAAGUAGACAGGCCUCCCGGGGUGAAGCAUGUGUGUUAUCUCAGCUGUGGAGACACCAUUCAGCUCCUGGGGGCCAUCGGCCAUGUGCAGGCAGAGGGUGAGCUGCUGAAGCUGGAGGCUCUGGAGGACUUCAUGGAGGUCAGCUCAGCCUUGCCCACCCAGAGGCCCAGGAUUAGAAAGGCCACUACUCAGAGCCCUGCCAUGUGCCAGCAUGGCCCCAUGGAGGCUUCAGACAAGCAGACUUUUCAAGACAGGGAAGAGGACUCAGUGUGGCUUCAGCCCAGAGAGAUGACACGUCUGGACAUCAGGGUGCGGGACACCGUAGUCCGGACCAUGCAGGAGGUGCUGUGGAGUCGCCUUCAGGAGCACCCCAACCUACUGCUGGGGGGGGAGAAGGUGGAGGACCUUGCCACUGGCAUCGAGGCCGCCCUCUUCUACUUGACACAAGACACCAGCUGCAGCUACAAGAACAAGUACCGCAGUCUGCUCUUCAACCUGCGCGACCCCAGGAACCCAGAGCUGUUUCUCAAAGUGGUUUGUGGCGACAUCACCCCCCAUGCCCUGGUGCGGAUGAACUCCACCCAGCUGGCGCCCCAAGAGCUGUCGCGCUGGAGGGACCAGGAGGAGAAAAGGAGCUUGGGGAUCAUUGAGCAGCAACAGAAGGAGCCAUACAGACUUCCAGCCUCCAAAUUGACCCAUAAGGGAGAAGUGGAGAUCCCGAGGGACCUGGACCAGAUGAUAACCUUGGAGGACCUAGUGGAAGCCCCGGUGUUGAGAGAUGCUGGUCCCCAGGAACUGCCCGCCCUGUUGGAGGACACGUCUGGGCAGCCCUCCAUGGACCCCAACUGCCACACAUGCCCAGAUGGGGAACCCUCCUUGCCCAACACUACCAUGAGCAGGGAGGAUCCUGGCUUCAAGAGAUCCCCAACCUCAGAUCCUACGUGCUCUCCAGAGGUGCCCAAAGCCAGGGAGAUGCUCACCACGGAGCCUCAAAACAGGCUUCAGAUGCCUGAUGGGCCCCCAAAGGCCCCACCCAGCCCACCCCCUUGGGAGGGUGUUCUUGACAUGUACUCCAUCAAGCGGUUCCGGGUCAAGGCCCAGCUGGUCUCAGGACACAGCAGUCAGCUUGUCCAGGCUCUGCCAGAGGUGAUCCACUCAGCAGGCUGCCUCCCUCCCAACAUUGUCUGGGACCUUCUGGCUAGUAUCUGCCCAGCCAGGGCCAAGGACAUCUGCGUGGUCAGACUGCGUCCCCGGGGGACUCGUGACGUGGAGAGCUGCCACUCGCUCUGCUCCUACCUCAACAACAAGCAGCACCAUGGCCUGGCAGCCGUGGAGCAGGUGGGGGUGGUCCUGCUGCCCCUGCCCGCCUUUCAGCCCCUGCCCACAAGACUGCGGUCUUUGGGAGGCCCAGGUCUGGAAGCCACUCACUCAAGCCUGUUGCUAGCGGUGCUGCUCCCCAAGGAAGGGCUUCCAGACCAAGCCAAGUCCAGCCUGGUGCUGGGCAAAGUUCGCAAGAAGGUCUCUUUCAACAGCAAAGUGGAGGCAAGAUGUUACCAGCCAGAGGACAAGAGAUGGAGUGCACUAAAAGGCUUCCCUCCCCCAGAGGAUACCCCAAAGCAGAGCCAGGCCCAAGGAAGCUGGGCUCCCACUUGGCAAAGGCUCCCCAGAGGCAGGGGGAGGCCCUGGGUAGAUCCACAAACCUGGCAGGGUCUUGGGCAAGGAAAGCAGCCUCCAGAGUGCGGCUCUUGCCAGCUUCAACAUCCCUACUCAGCAGUUCCAGUUGUCCGUGGCUUUGGCCAUGAUCAGCACAUGCACAGCACCUCCUGUCUCCACCAAGACAUGCUCCAGAACCUCGAAGCCUUGGUGACGAUGAGAAACCAGCUCCAAGCCUCCCUGUGGCCCGCAGACUGCACACCCCUUCCCACACCCUCUACAGCAUCUGUCCAGCCCCCUGCAGUCUCAGGGAGUCUUGGCUAUCUCUACCAGCCCCCUGGCCUCGACUCUGGCCCCUCUUUGGGCCCUACAGAUGCUGGCUCCUUUCCCUAGAGAAGUGAGGCUUUUCUUAUCCACCAGAACAGGGGUUUGAUUCCCUUACUUGUGCUGAGUCCCAGAAGGAGGUGGGUGGGGGGGCCAUGUUUGUCAGUGCUCCC